AAAAAACCUAUUCGUCGUCACUCGUCUGUCGUCACCAUUCAUCAACAGAGCAUAACAGUUGCUGAUUUAAGCUCUGCGGAGAGCAAGUAUGGAUUUCGAUUCCGAGUAUGCUUUUCGGUUACAGAUGGAGGAGGCACUCGCGGCUUCUCUAUCUUCUCAAUCUCGCACUCCGCAACGACCACCGUCACCUCCGAUUGUGGCUACGUGUGGUGUCCUUAUCGUUGAAAACAAUCCAAACGAUUCGAAGACGGCGAAAACAAGUAGCGGUUACGGUUUCGAUUUUAAGAGAGCCGUCGGCGGUGGAAACUCUAAAGCAAAAGGCAAAACCCACGAGUCUGUCACUGGUGUACGUACAGAUGAACGAAACCCUAACAUUGGGCUCGGUAACUCCCGGAGUACGUCUACCGGACAUGGCAAUACGAAACCCUUGCCUCAGGAAACUGUUCGUCCGGCGCAAUUAGUCGGUGAGGGAAGUUCGAGGGUUAACACUGCUGCCGGAAAAAUCAAUGGAAACCUCUUGUAUAGGCUUUACUUUAAGGGUUUGGUUAGCGAUGAGAACGGGAAGGGGAAGAUGACGGACGUAGUGUCUGGGUUUGGGGUUGCUAUUUGUGACCAGAGGGAUAAUUUGUUGUUUGAGAUGAAGGGACCAUUGAUAGACAAUGGCAUGAGUCGUCAGGGAGCAGAGCUUAAGGCAUUGAUCCGAGGACUAACCGAAGCAUUGAAGUUGGGGAUUAAGCAUAUUGUUUUCUUUUGCGAUUCUUAUCCGAUUUUCCAAUACGUCACGGGAAAAUGGAUGGCUAAGCAAAAGAAGAUUUCCCUGUUGUUAGAUGAUCUUCAAAGCAUCAUGCAACACUUUUCAUCUUAUCAGCAUGUUCUGGUGGCUAGAAAUGAUGUUAAAUUUGCUUAUAAACUUGCAAGGGAAUCAAUACUUUCUAUGGUCACCCCUCAUGAAGAUCCUCGCCAAGCAAAAGCUGUUCUGAAAGAGGAGUGUGCUAUCUGUUUCAACGACAUCGUUGCUGAGGGUAUGUUUUCUGUUGACAAAUGCCGUCACCGUUUUUGCUUUCAAUGUGUGAAACAGCAUGUAGAGGUGAAGCUGCUUCAUGGAAUGGCUCCAAAAUGUCCUCACGAUGGCUGCAAGUCUGAGCUGGUUAUCGAUGCAUGUGGCAAGCUUUUGACUCCAAAGCUGAGUAAAUUGUGGCAACAAAGACUUCAAGAGAAUGCAAUACCUGUCACAGAGAGAGUUUACUGCCCUUACCCGAGGUGCUCGGCUUUGAUGUCCAAAACCAAGAUUUCUGAAUCUGCCAAGAGCUUACUGUCUCUUUACCCUAAAUCUGGAGUUAGGAGAUGUGUUGAAUGUCGUGGCCUCUUCUGUGUGGACUGUAAAGUUCCGUGGCAUGGAAAUCUGUCCUGCACUGAGUAUAAGAAAUUGCAUCCUGAGCCUCCGGCAGAUGAUGUGAAGCUCAAAUCUCUUGCAAAUAAUAAGAUGUGGCGCCAGUGUGGCAAGUGCCAACACAUGAUUGAACUUUCACAAGGAUGCAAUCACAUAACUUGCAGAUGCGGGCAUGAGUUUUGCUACAAUUGCGGAGGUGGAUGGAACAAGAUAAUGGGGACUUGUUUAAAUCGCUGCCCAACCUGGAACGAAGAAUACAUCACACGACAAGAUCCAGCGCGUGCCAAUGUGGCAGCUAACAACUACUUUGAUGAUGAGGAUGAUGAUGAUGUUGAUGGUGAUUACGACUAUGAUGACUUCUUCCACCCGCAUUUUGGACAUGCUAUGAAUGAUCGUAAUCCUGAAGAGCCCUUCGACCCCUUCUUCGACUUGCCAGAUGGUGUGCUCUUUACCCCCCAGAUGUUGUCUUCCAAGAGUCGUCAGCAAUUGUACUUGCCGGAUUCAGAUGAUUCAGAUGAUAAUGCGACAACACAAAAUGCUCCUGCUGCAGAUGAGAAUUGCCCAUACUUUGGGAAGUAUGGAAAGUACACUAUAAUGUACGACUCCGACGGCUAUGAACUCGAGGAUUUCACGAACCCUUUCCAUCCUGACUAUCCUCACUUCUGAGGUUUGGUUUGGAACCAAAGUUCGUAUUUUUCUUUCUUUUUUCAAGGUCCAAACCCUUUUGCUAUAUGCUCUUUACUCUUUAAUCGUUUUUUGAGGUUCAUGUUUCUAUGACGUAUUGUUCUAUAUAAGACUGUUUGGGUAAUCUUUGAAUUUGAAGACACCUCGGGAUUAAAGUUUUUUUUUUUUCCAAAAGGUGUCUUUGUAUAUAUAACAUCUAAACAACAGCAUCAUCCAUCAAUGGAGAAUCCAUGUUGGAGAGGCAAGUACAAGAUACAACAACAACAUUUACAAACAACGAAAUACAAGUAAAGUACAACACAUUCUGCCACAAAAGAGAAAGUUGUCAAAUGGUAGCUUGUUAAGAGCAACAUCAUAACUAAUCUCAAUAAGACCAAACAUCAAAACUCAAAAGGUUUGGAGUUGAUCUUAUAGCUUCCAUCAUAUGCUUGUAGUAUGAUUGCUUUGUGCUCACCAUCUUAACAUCCGAACAGGGUGAUAUCUUCUACUCUGAUUAUAAGAAAACUAAACAGAUAAAAGCAUAAAACUAAAACAAUCUAGACUAGAAGCUUAACCAUGAUUAAAAAGCCAAACUAAAAUAAAAAUCAAAAGCGAUAAGAAAGAGAUAAGGAUGGCACAAUCAACCAAGGAAAAGGUGAGUCAUCAAAGUGGCCGGAGAGAUACCGGACCAACUUCUCCGGUAAACUGAAAAAGAUUACAGAACCUUCAAAACCACCAUGCCCAAACUAAUUCCAAGGCAGCAAAAACAUCCUUAACUGCUAAAAGAAACAUCUUCUUCUUUAUUCAAUAUGUCACAAACGAAGAUUGAGAUAUGGCUUCAAAAACCUUCGAGAAGAAGCAUCUUACACAAAAACCGGCCAUGACGUCGCCGAAUGAGCCAACACAUGCCGGACUCAAACCGUCCAUCGCCAUAAAAAGGAAACGGUCGAUGACGAAAAUGAUAGCCGACCCAACACAUCGAAUAAUAAGCCGGUCGUUGUCGGACUGAAGCCGGUUGCAACAACUGGACGGCCUUGCCGGAAUUAACCGGACGGCUUUAUCGGAAUAAUCUGAACGGCGGAAGAAAUCAAGUUUUUCUCUCUAGAAGAUUUAAGAGAGAGAAGAGAGAAAAACUCAUCUCCGUUUUCCCCGACGCUCAUGACUUGGGAUUAAAGUUAGAGCAUUGUUUUCGC